AUGGCUACGGCUGACGAUUUCAAGAAGUAUCUGGCGAGUGAGGUUCUCAAUGAACAACGAACCAUAUCCUACCGCAACAUCUCCCGCGCCCUGAAAGUGCACGUCAAUGCCGCGAAAUGCAUGCUCUACGAGUUUUACGAAUUCCAAAAUGCGAAAAAGCCCCAAUCGGUCUAUGCCACCUAUCUUCUGUCUGGGGUCAAGAAGACACCGACAGUCAGCGUGUCCGUUAAUGGGACAGCGAGAGGAGGCGCGCAGGACCACGAUCCAGUCGAAAAUCUCCCUUCGAGCCCGCCUCCAUUUACCAGCUCCAUGCUUGAACCCAGCCAGCAAAGUAGCCCUGCUAAAGAGGAGGAGGCAAAGAAUAUACCCGUCCGAACCAUCACUCUCGUCAGAGAAGAGUCUCUGGAAGCAAUAAAAGAAGAAUACGAGACCAUCACAUCCAUACACAUCUACAGCCUUUCUCCUGCGCGAAUACAAGACCUAGUCGCAUUAACAGAUAUCAGUCGGGCUCUAUUCACGAGUGGGCUUCAGGAUGAUCAUAAUGAGGUCUAUGGUGUUAUACAGAACCCAGAUGUCCGACGGAGGAAAGGCAAGAGACCGGUGAUCGCAGCAGGACCUGCAUCGAAAGCUCAACCUUUGAGAGAAGAGACCAAAAGACCUUCGCUAGGCCACACAAAACCAACCCCCAAAGGAUCAACUGCUGCUCCGUCUGUCAAAAAUGAGGAGCCCUCGCGGCCUGCUUCUCGGGACAGUACCUCGACUGCCAGUUCCACCAGACAGCCGACCUUAAAACGAGAUGCGUCCGACAUCUUCAAAGCUUUUGCGAAACAGGGGCACCGAAAAUCAACACCCACCACAGCCCCUCAAUCUAAUGGUCAAGACCAUGACACACCCAUGAACGACGCGGAUGAAGGUGAAUCCGAGGACGAAGCACUCUUCCUUGACACGGGUACGCGCAAGUCUGCGACCUCGAAGAAACGGGCCAGUGAUGUGAAGAAGGAGCGUGAAGACAAGGCGGCGAAGCUCCGCAAGAUGAUGGAGUCCGACGACGAGGAGGAGGCUGCAGUGCCGAAAGUUGAAGAGGCUGCUAACCUGGGAGACGAUGAGCCUCCAGCAGCGAAGAAGGGCACCGAUGCAGAUGCCGAGACGAAGGAUCCCGAGGCGGACGACCAAGUGGCGUGGUCAGACUCCGACACGGAGAAGAAACAGGGAUCCAAAGACAAAUCCGAAAAAGACACCACCGCCACCGCGACAGCACCACCGCGGCGCAGGCGCGGCAAGCGCAAAGUGAUGCAGAAGCGCACGUUCAAAGAAGACGGCUACCUCGUGACUCGGGAGGAAGCCGUCUGGGAGAGUUUCAGCGAGGACGAGCCCGAAGCGCCGCCUCCUCGCGCUUCUGCUGCUGUAGGAGGAUUCAAAAAGGACGGCCUCGCGUCCAAAGGCACCACCGCCUCCAAGACGCAAAGCCAGGGCUCGACCCCGAGUCAGGCUGGCAAGACAGGUCCCGGGGCGAAGAAGAAAGGCGGAGGCGGAGGAGGGAACAUUAUGAGCUUUUUUGGCAAGAAAAACGCAUAG